CCUACAAACAAAGUCUUUAGGGAAAUUAAAGUAGUAUUUAUCCUCUGUAAUAUUGUGGUUUUUAAGAUGUGCAUGGGGCACAUGCAAUGCUGAUGAUAGGUACCCAGAAAGACUGAAUGGAGUUGGACUAAUUUUGUUUCCUAAACCGAAAACAAACCGCGAAAAAUGUCUCAGAUGGAUAAAUGCCUGCGGAAGACCUCACAGGCAACUCAAUGUCGACCGAAUAAACAAACACAAAGGCGUUUGCUCAAAGGCGUUUUUAAACUUAAAUGCUGUACACAUGUAUUAAUUCUUGUCGUAUUUAUUAGUCUGCAGAAUUUUGUUGGAGGGAAUGGACCAAUUGAAGAACAUCCAGACCCUAUUCCAGCCGACGGAUCAAAGCCAACGCUCGCAAGGAAACCACCAACGAAAAGAAAACGACAAACCGUCUUAACAGAUUAAGUAGCGAAAAAGCAAAGACUGAAUGAAGACACACUAAACAUGUACGUACAAAUUGACAUUUAUUUUCUUUCCAUGUUCAAUAUUAAAGCUGAUUUUUAACUCUUUACCACUAAGCCUUGUAAACGGUAACUCAAAACUUAACUUAUUUACUUUGAAUUCACAAUAAAUAAUAAUAUCAACUUAAGCGUGAACGUAAUCGUCAUUUCUGGUUUUUACUAGAACUCAUUUGAUAAUACAACUUAGCUUAUACUUUUGUAAACUUUUAUACUAAUCUGAGUCUUCUUUUUGAUCGAUGCCUACAGAGUUCUUGACAAUGACAAAGAAGACGAAGAAAACAAUCACUGCGAUAACUCAACUGCAACCCAGAAAAAAGAGCUUUGUAAGUAAUCUUAUUAAAAUGACCUUUUCUUCUUUUGUUUAUCCAAGAAAAGUUUUCCUUUUUUUUUUAAAAAGUCAGCAAGAUUUGUUAACAUUGAUUCCAUAAAUGUAAUAUCAGGGAAAAGUCUAUUUACAUGAAUAUCUUUCUUAGUGUAAACAACAAAAUCACAAAAGUCACAGACUGUUAUCAUUAGCUUACCCUGUACUUGAGCAUAGUAUUCAUGGUCUUUCUUUAAGCAAAGUAAUCUAGUUGUUGAAUCCAUUUGUAAACAAAAAUUAUCCAGCUUGUCUAGUGCUUCCUUAAUAGUAUAAUCCCUAGCAGUGUAAGGGCAUUUUAUUUCUACUAUACUACUCUUUCCAUCGUCGCAGAUUUUACCAUCAGUUGUACCUCUAAGAAAAGAAAGUUCUUUGUUUAUUACAAAACCACACUGAUGAAAAUUCCUAGAAGGGUAUUUUUCUAGAUAUUUGGCCUUGGCAUUUUUUUCAUUUCUUUUUCUAUAAUCAAGAGAUGGAGCAGAUAGUGAUUUAUUUCCACAGAAAAUACUGCUUAAGAAUUUUUCAGAUGGCAUUGCUUUUCUUUUUAGCACACUACCAAAGUUAGAUGCUGUAUGCCUGCUUUUUCUGGCCUCAAACCAUUGAUCUGAAUUAGCCUGCUCUCUUGUGCUUACUUCAGUGAGAUGUGGAUCAACAUUACUAUAAUCAUUAUUUAAUUCUUUAUGCUCAGCUAGCAAGUGUACAGGAGAAGUAUUGUGCACCGACAUGUUUCCACAACCUUGAGAGUCUGGUGCUACUUGUAUUACUUUUAGAUUCUUGGUCUGAAACAAUAACAAUAAGAAAUUAAUAAUCAAAUAUCAUUUAAGUAUAAAUAUCAUUGUUGAAUUUUGAAUUAAAUCUCUUUUUGUUUUUCUCAGGGAUAUCUCCACUAGAUUUUUCAUCUGCUACAUGUGAAAUCAAGCAACUGAAGUCAGAACUUGAAGAACAAAAAGAAACCAUAAAAGACCUCAAACAGAGAGUAGAGAUGAAAGAUAAAAAAAUACAGCAACUCAAAGACUAACUUGAUAACAUAUCUUCAUUUGGAACCAAAACAGUUUUAAAAAGGCAAAUGAAAAUAAAAAAUGUUUUUAAGUACUAUACUAGCAUAACAUAUGCAAGAUUCUUGCCAUUGCUAGCAUAUCUUGUCCCUGGUAAUUCAAGGUUGAAGUGUGUAAGUGGAUUUUAUGAACUGAUCAAAACACUGAAAUCGCAUGGGUAUGUACAGGAUAAGGAUGGCAUGGCUGACAAAGGCUUUACCAUAGGCAAUGAGCUACAGAAAUUGGGCCUCUCACUGAAUAUCCCUCCCUUUGCUCAAAUAGGUUGCCAAAUGUCAGCUUCUGACACUGCCUUAACUAGUAAAAUUGCAAAGCAGAGUCCACAUUGAAAGGGUAAUCACCAAAGUAAAAACCUUCAAAAUUCUCUCACAUCGUAUACCAACAACCCUUUUUAAAAAUAUAAAUAAAAUAUAGACAGUUUGUUGCUACUUAAACUUGUUUCAAGACACUUAUUAAAGAUAAAGAUAAGUCUUGGGGUACUGACAGUAAGGCAAAGUAAUGUAUUUUUUAAUGAUUUGGAAUGCACAUGCAAGUGUGCUCUUCUGUAAAAGUCCUUGGGUAGCCAUACUCCAGGGAAUAGCAGUCUUUAUAUAAGAGCAAUAUAGUAAGCUACAUGUAUUGUAGUCAUCAAAGGUUAAUCUCUGCUUCCCACAUACAUUGAAGGAGAAGAGUGUGCAUGUUCUUGACCCAUCAAGUUAUCUAGUCUCGCACAACAAAAUGAUUGAUUACAUUUGUUUUUAAGUUUCUUUCUCAGGACUUACAUAUGGUACACCAGGAUGAUCACAUUACAAAGAUUGUUUCCUCAAUAAAUAGAUAGAUACCUGGUAUGAUAGAGCAGAUCCCAUGUAAACUUCACCAAGAGGAGUUGUAACUUU